AUGAUAUCAAUAAGCAAUCGUGAUUUUUUGGCGUUGUGUUUGGCAAUUCUCUUGACUCUAAAUUUUGCGGAAGCUCAAGAUAGGAGUAAGCUAAUUCCUAUAGGUCCUUGCGCACAGAUUCCGAACUGCAGUCAGACGUGCAAUAAUUCAGGCUUUCCUAAAGGCGGAGAAUGCAUCAAAUGGUAUCCUAAUUCUAUCAAAGAUACAUGUGCGUGCUUUGUAAACUCUCCUACACCGGCUGUUUAAGAUAACAACUCUUCA